CCUAUGAUCUGGCGUAAAACUGUGGUGAUCAUCAUUCACUCAGCGUUCCUGAGAGAGACCUCUGGCCCUUUUUAUUACACCUGAUAUAAAAUCACUCUUACAAGGAAUAUUUUUUAUUUGUUGGAAUCUGGGAGCUGAAUGGACCAUCUAGUCACUCGCGGAUGAUAGAAGAACAGAUUUAAGAAGCUCUUUCCGCUAGUUACAGCAGCGUUUAUGCCACAAAACAUAUGCCCACUGGUGCCGAGCUGUCAUCGACGGGUUAGCCGGCGAGCUAAACAACAAAGCGUGACGGGUUAAUGAAUCUUUUUCAGCAAAUCAUCUUGACAACAACAUUUCGCUGGAUAUUUUAUUUUUGAAUAACGCCGUAGCAUUUUCUACAUGGUUUAAUUUUGUUUUUAGUUUGACGAAGAUGGGAUUGGGACCUGCAUACUAUCUAACUAAUUGCUGUAAGUUCUAGUGGGAUCUAUACGAUGCGUUCUCUCCUUCUUUCUGGGGAUAUAAACUGCUGAUAGUGUCACCCAUGGUGAUGGUUGCUAUUAGAGACAAAGCAUCUUUUUCCAUGGCCUCAUCUGGAGCUCCUCUUGAGCCUGUCUCUGCUGGGGAUCCACAGUGAUGUAAUUGUAUUAUUGUUUUAUAGCUGAUACUCAAUAGAGUGUAGCAUGCCAAUGUGUCACAUGGGUGCCAACGUGUUAUUAAGGUGACAGGCAGGUGUGACAACAGCAGCUGGCUGACCAACACUAAUGAAAAGUGACUUAAUCGGUCUUCCUUCUUUAGUCAUUUUGUAAUAGAUACUAAAGCAUCUCAGAAAUGCACCAGAGCUGCAUUCAUCCAAGAGAGACGUUUAGAUAAGAACAGGAACUAUACAGUUAUUGAACCGGAACGGUGAAUGUAUUCAAAUGCUGUGGGUGUUGCUGAAUCUGGCUUGCAUCUUAUUUUUUUACAUUAAAUUUGAAAAUGAUGGACCAGAGGUGGUGGAACUCUAACUUGGUGCUAAAUAAACACAUCUGAGGCAUUAAAGAGUUGCCUAGGGUGUCUUCAUCUACGUGAAGGUUGGGAUGCUUCAUUCUGCAACAAUGUUGCCUGCUUUUUUGCUGCUGUUUUUUAUGGGAACCUCCAUCCGGUUGUCUGAGACCAUGAGCAGAGAUGAGAAGAGCAAACUGAGGAACCAAGUGCUGGAAAUGUUUGACCAUGCUUAUCAGAACUACAUGGACCAUGCCUACCCCGCAGACGAGCUGAUGCCUUUGACUUGCCGUGGGCGAGUGCGUGGAUUAGAGCCCAGUCGAGGGGAUAUAGAUGAUGCCCUGGGGAAGUUCUCCCUCACCCUCAUCGACACUCUUGACACUCUUGCACUAUUAAAUAAGACGGUGGAGUUUGAGGCGGCGGUAAGGAGAGUGGUGAAGGAUGUACGGUUGGAUAAUGACAUUGUGGUGUCUGUGUUCGAGACCAACAUCCGGGUGCUGGGUGGACUGCUGGGAGGCCAUUCCAUGGCUGUCAUGAUGAAAGAAAGUGGGCGAAUGCUCUGGUACCAGAAUGAGCUGCUGCACAUGGCCAAAGAUCUUGGACUCAGACUGCUGCCUGCAUUUAACACCAGCAGUGGCCUGCCGUACCCUAGAGUGAACCUGCGUUAUGGAGUCCGUGGACCCGAGACCCGCACAGGCACUGAGACGGAUACCUGCACCGCCUGUGCCGGGACAAUCAUCCUUGAAUUUGCAGCCUUGAGCCGCUUUACUGGGGACCCCACAUUUGAGGCUCAUGCGAGAAGGGCUCUUGACUUCCUUUGGGAAAAGAGACAGAGGAACAGUAAUCUAGUGGGAACAACCAUCAACAUCCACUCAGGAGAGUGGGUCCGCAGAGACAGUGGAGUUGGAGCAGGCAUAGAUUCCUAUUAUGAGUACUUGAUGAAGGCUUAUAUAUUACUGGGAGAUGACCAAUUUUUGCAGCGCUUUAACACUCACUAUGCAUCCAUUAUGAAGUACAUCAGCCAACCUCCUCUGUUACUGGACGUCCACAUCCACAAACCCCUGCUGCCAGCCCGCACCUGGAUGGACUCCUUGCUUGCCUUUUUCCCAGGAUUGCAGGUGUUAAAGGGAGAUAUUCGGCCAGCUAUAGAGACGCAUGAAAUGCUUUAUCAGGUUACCAAGAAACACAACUUCCUUCCUGAGGCGUUCACCACUGAUUUCAGGGUUCACUGGGCCCAGCACCCCCUGCGGCCAGAGUUUGCAGAAAGCACUUACUUCCUUUAUAAGGCAACCAGAGAUCCAUAUUACCUGGAGGUGGGCCGCAGCGUACUGGAGAACCUGAACCGAUUUGCUCGAGUUCCCUGUGGCUUUGCUGCUAUGAAGGACGUGAGGACGGGGAGUCACGAGGACCGCAUGGACUCGUUUUUCCUGGCGGAGAUGUUUAAGUACCUGUUUCUGCUGUUUGCUGAGGAGGAGGAUUUGCCUUUUAAUGUGGAGGACUACAUCUUUACCACAGAAGCUCAUCUGCUGCCUCUCUCCCUCUCCACUGCCUCAAACUCACAGGCGCCCCCUGUCGUCAACAACAUGGCUGGAGAGGAGCUUGAUGACUCAAAUUUUGAGUGGACUUGCCCUAACACCCGCCUACUCUUUCCUGAUCCCGCCUACCCACGCAAUCUCCGUGAACCAAUCAGGAGCGCAGUGGAUAAGAGUUGUCCGCGCCCGACCACUCAUCGAGAGCCUGGUAUGGGCCGUCCUCCUCUUAGGGCUCAAGACUUCAUGGCCAAUAACCCCGAACAUCUGGAGCUGCUGAGGCGGAUGGGUGUGAGUCUCAUCCACCUAAAGGAUGGCAGAGUACAACUCGUUCAGCACGCAACACAGGCGGUGAGUGCAGUCGCUGCAGAGGACGGCAUGCGUUUUAUGCAGGAAAUGAUGGAGCUCUCCAGCCAGCAGCAGAAAGAACAGCUUCCUCCACGAGCUGUUCAAAUUGUGUCGCACCCCUUUUUUGGUAGAGUGGUACUGACCGCAGGCCCUGCGCAGUUUGGAUUGGAUCUUUCCAAAAGCAGUUCUGGAGUGCGUGGGUUCGUAACCGUAGCGGAGCCCUAUAACGGCUGUUCUGAGUUGAGUAACAGUGAGAUUGUGGCAGGCCGUAUCGCUCUGCUCCAGAGAGGCCAGUGCAUGUUUGCAGAGAAGGCUAGGCACAUUCAGAAAGCUGGGGCCAUCGGAGGCAUCGUCAUCGAUGAUAAUGAGGGCAGCAGCAGUGAUACGGCCCCAUUGUUCCAGAUGGCGGGAGAUGGUCGGAACACUGAUGAUGUCACUUUACCACUCCUCUUCCUGUUCCACAAAGAGGGCAAUAUCCUGUUGGAGGCUCUAAAGGAGUACAAGGAAGUGGAGGUGCUGCUCAGUGAUAAAGCUAGAGACAGAGAAGCCAUAUUUAAGGGGAAAGCCCUCCCGGGCACCCUGUUGGAUGGCAGUACAGAUGGAGCAGAAGAAGAGGACUGCUCCACAGAGGAGAAAGACCACAGUUCCUCCACCUCCUCAGAACCUGUCGACCAAUCACAAGUCACUACUCAGGAACAGACAGCAGGCGUGGGUCAAGAUGCAGUUCAGCCAGUGGAGGGACUUGGCAGUUACAUCCCCGUGGACGUAGGGGAGGAGCCUGCGGUGGACGGCGACUCCGGCAGCCAAUCGAUGGACUCGCUGAUGGCUGAUUGGCAGGAGGACUUGGAAGCGUUUAAGCAGAUGGAGAAGGAUGAGCUUUGACAUUCCCCUCCAUCUCGGACUCCGCUAGCACGUCCCAGCCAUAGCACAGACUGAGAAAUCAGUUCUGUCGAAUAGGGACAAUCUAUCAGAUAGGCGCGUUAAGAACUCUGACUCAAAGAGCUCAUUUUCUACGGCCAUUUCUCAGGGGCUUCAUUCUGAUUCACAUAUAUCCUGUUCUCUUCAUCUGAACGCUGACAAACUCUAUUCCAGAUUUCACCCACGCAUUACAACUUAUCUCUUUCUCUACAUGUCUAGGGUACACAAUCACUCCUGUUUUUGUCUUCCUUCUAACUAAUGGAUUCUCUGAUUAUUGAAGUGCAGGCUUAAAUCAUCAGUGCUGAUUAAUCAUCUGAAGGAUUGAUUAAUUUAAUGGCUGGUUUAACUGUGAUGAAUUGCUUUUAGCCGUAGGAUUCAUAUUUGGUUCUUGUCUCAGUUUCAAGGGUCUGGAACAAAAGAAUAUUUUAGAUCCUUUAUGGAAUGAUAUAUGUGUAUGUUUGAGUGUUUGUAUGUAUGUUUAUUGUUUUUAAUUGUUAAGAGAAUCAGCCUGGGGCUCUCAUACGAAUAAGACCCAAAGUUCAAAAAUGCUCCUUCCACAUUAAGUAUUUAACGGUCUUAUACAUUCAGUCCACUUAAUGACUUUACGACAAGGUCAAUCUUUCAAAAAGAGGCAUUAAAGGACCACGGAUGACAUCUUUGCAUGUCAGUGACAGUUUUUUUUUUUCCAAGAAUGAAGGAGACAUGUGAAGCAUCCUAAAGGAUCCGCCAGAGGACGCUAUUGCUCCAUUGCUCCUAGUAGUUAAUUAAUUGACUGGGAGACCAUGCCAGGGGGCAUGAAACGUGAUAAGCUCAAUAAAAUUGAUUGAAAAUUUUAA